CACGGUGCAUGUCAGCAAAAAUGACGUUGUAGUGAAUCUUGACUUGUUCGUCUCGGAGUUUACGCUCUACUUUUCCCGAAAUUUCCAUACUAUUUUUCAUUUUAAAAUGUUUAAUCACUCGAAAUCCGUGAAGUCGAAGCAACCGAACAGAGAAGGAGAAAAAAACAACGGUCGUGGGGCUUCACUCUAAUCAUUGCGUUGAUCUCUAAAACAAAAGUUUUACACUAGUCUUGUCUGAAAAAAAUUCCAAUACCUUUCUAUUAUUCUGUUCUUUUCUAAUCUCUCAUCUCUCUCUAUCUAUUUAUCAAGCAGCCAUGGCCGACGAUCAUUCUUUACUCUCCAAGGAUAGUUUUGUCAUGAAGCUUCCUAAACAGUCCUCACUUGUAUUAAGAAUGGUCGUUCUCUUCUUUGUAAUGGUGUGCACUGUGUACAUUUGCUCGAUUUGUCUCAAGCAAAUUGGAGUCAGCCCAAACUAUGGUUUCUUGAACGUUGAAGUCUUUGAGAGGCCUUGUCCUGAGCCUAACAUCGAGCCAUGGGACAUUCCAUUCCUGCAUUACCCUAAACCAAACACAUAUAACAGGGACGAAUGUUCUUGCCAACCGGUUAGGUACUUUGCCAUUAUCUCCAUGCAGAGAUCUGGUAGUGGCUGGUUUGAGACGUUACUUAACAAUCAUACUAAUAUAAGCUCCAACGGAGAGAUCUUUUCUAAUAAAGAUAGGAGGGCUAAUGUUUCAUCCAUUUUUGAGACCCUUGACAAAGUCUAUAAUCUAGACUGGUUAAGUAGUGCCUCUAAGAAUGAGUGUACUUCCGCUGUUGGCUUCAAGUGGAUGCUUAAUCAGGGUCUGAUGAAACACCAAGAAGAAAUAGUAGAAUACUUCAAAACCCGAGGCGUCUCUUCAAUUUUCCUCUUCAGAAGAAACUUACUGCGCCGUAUAAUAUCAGUACUCGCGAACACUUAUGACAGAGACGCUAAGCUAUUAAACGGGACGCACAAAUCUCACGUACAUUCGCCCAAAGAGGCUGAGAUACUUGCAGGUUACAAGCCAGUGAUCAACACAUCACUUUUGAUAACAGAGCUGAAGAAGAUUCAAGAAACGACUUUGAAAGCAUUGGCUUACUUUAAUACCACUCGACAUAUCCUUCUCCAUUACGAAGAUGUCGUCGAGAACCGCAUUGUGAGACUCGACGAUGUACAAGAGUUUCUUAAGGUCCCAAAACGUGAGUUAAAGAGUCGGCAAGUGAAGAUUCAUCUUGGUUCAUUGUCACAACAUGUACAGAACUGGGAAGAGGUUCAAACCACACUAAAAGGAACCAGUUUCGAAAACUUCUUACGCCAAGAUUUUUAAGUUUAAUUAGUACAUACAUCAGAACAACCUUGUAGGAAAUGUUUUUGGUCAGUUCUGUUUUUAUUUUUGCAGUCAGUUUUAUUUAUUUCAGUCUUAGUGCUAGAAGUUACGGCAAGGAUAAAAAUUUACUCUAGAAGAUCCAAGUAGAAUUUCAUUGGCCAAAGAUUGUUGAUUUCUUAAAAAAUUUUCAAGAAUUUGAAUGUUUAUGCGCAUUCAAGGUAAAAUCAUUAAAAAGAAAGCUUCACUCGGGAGAAGGUUGUUGAUAAAAAUUCCAAAUGAUAAAUUUAAUAAUUUGACCAGUGAUUCAUUAAUACUUUUACAAUAUGGUAUUUGGAUUUCGAGUUAUAGAGAAAGUGAAUUAUGUAAAUUAAUAGAGAAAAUCUUUUAAAAAAACUUCAACAUAACACUUUCAAACGUGAUUUCAUAAAAUGAUAAUAUCAUUAUACAUGAAUUCA